ACCUGAGCAAAGCAGGAAGUCUUGGCGGUAGAGUAGAUUUAAUGAGGUCUGCCAUGCUGGCACCUCUUCUUCUGUACCUGCUUCUGGCAGCAGGAAGUGAUGUCACAGGGGAGGUGGUGGACAAGAAUCCCAACUUUGUCUUCAUGAUGGUGGACGACCUCGGGAUAGGGGAUAUAGGUUGUUAUGGCAACAAUACCAUCAGAACUCCCAACAUAGACAGACUGGCUUCAGAGGGGGUAAAACUGACCCAGUACAUUGCUGCAGCUCCUCUCUGCACUCCAAGCCGGGCUGCCUUCAUGACAGGCCGUUACCCACUUCGCUCUGGGAUGGCCAGCACAGGAAGAGUCCAGGUGCUGCUGUUUCUUGGAGGUUCAGGGGGACUUCCACCUAAUGAAACGACCUUUGCUAAGAGGCUGCAGCAACAAGGAUACACCACGGGGCUUGUAGGUAAAUGGCACCUAGGUGUGAACUGUGAAUCCAGAGGUGAUCACUGUCAUCACCCAAACCAGCUUGGUUUCAGCUACUUCUAUGGUCUGCCAUUCACCCUUUUUAAUGACUGUGUUCCUGGGGAGGGCAGUGAUGUCCUCGUGGAUCUUCAGCUUACACUACAACAUCUAACCCUCAUGUUAGGACUGGGACUUUUUACAAUGGUGUGUGUCCAUCUACGUGGGGUCCUUGAAGUUAGCCUUUGGCUUCUGGUGCUGCUUUUCUUACUCUGUAUAGUAGCAGCUGCUGUGUGGUAUGUCCCCUUUGUCCUUCUUCGAACAUGGAACUGCAUCAUUAUGAGAAACCAAGAUGUGAUAGAACAGCCCAUGACAGUGGAGACGCUCCCCCAGAGACUGCUGACAGAAGCACAAAAGUUUAUAAGGAGGAAUGCUGAUCGUCCGUUCCUUCUCUUCUUCUCUUUGGCUCACAUUCACACGCCUCUGUUCACAACGCCUGCCUUUGCUGGAAAGAGCCGCCAUGGUCGCUAUGGUGACAACCUAGAGGAAGUGGACUGGAUCAUUGGUAAAAUUACAGAAACAGUGGAUUUACUGGGCCUAGCCAACAAUACCCUCAUGCAUUUCACAUCAGACCAUGGUGGGCAUUUAGAAGAUGCUGAUUCUCUCAUCGGCCAGAAAGGAGGCUGGAACAGUAUUUAUAAAGGUGGGAAGGCGAUGGGGGGCUGGGAAGGGGGAAUCAGGGUGCCUGGUAUUUUCCGCUGGCCUGGCAGACUGGCAGCAGGAAGAGUAGUGGAUGAGCCUACGAGCCUCAUGGACAUCUACCCCACCCUGAAAUACUUAGCUAAGGACACCCAACCAGACAGACAUUUAGAUGGCUAUAACCUCAUGCCACUGUUGGAGGGGAAAACUGCACGAUCAGAGCAUGAAUUCAUGUUCCACUAUUGUGGCGCAUACCUAAAUGCAGUACGUUGGCACCCAUCUGAUAGCAACUCUAUCUUCAAGGUGCACUUUUUCACUCCAAACUUCUUUCCACCGGGCGCUGGGGGGUGCUAUGACACGAAAGUUUGCCUGUGUCAUGGACAACAUGUGACACACCAUAACCCACCAUUACUGUAUGACCUUUUCCACGACCCCUCGGAGUCCCGACAACUGACCCCUGAAACUGAGUCUCGAUAUGCAGAAAUCCUCGAGCAGACUGCAAGAGCAGUAGAGAGACAUAAAAGCACCUUUCCAGGCAAAGAGGAUUCUGAUGACAUUUGUGCCCAGUCCAACAGUGUUCAAAACCAAAUGAGCUGGGAGAAGAUUUUGUGGAGACCCUGGCUGCAGCCCUGCUGUGGGACCUUCCCUUUUUGUGGGUGCAAAGAGGACAAAAAACCUUCAUGAGAAGGUUUAAUCUUAGUGAAGGUCUUUUUUGCUCAGAGAGUUCACAGUUUUGACAUGGUUUAAAAAGGGAUUGAUAACUUUCAUUUUUUUAUUUUUUUUUUAUUUUGAAGAAGAAGAACUUCUUGGGAAUUUGAGCAUUUCUGGCUUUAUGAUCAUCUUGAGAUUCAUUAUGGAAACUUUUUAAUAAAAACCUGGUUCCAUGUU